CUGUCAAACAGCUGUCAAAAUCUCGCGGCCCGCGACCAACUUCACCCCGUCUUCGUUUGACACUUCGCGAUCCUCGUCUACGCGCGAUCGAUCUCGACGGGGGAUCUCGAUCGAGAUUCCGCCACUUGCCGGCGUGACGUAUCGCGAGAGGGGGAGAGGGAGGGGGGAGAGAGAGAGAGAGACAGUGAAAACCGUUGGUGGCAGCCGUUAAUGCGCGAGUAAACCUAACCUGACCCAGUCCCGCGCGAUAGCGUCCUUAUUGCAGGUUUUUCUCGUAGGGGACGGGGAAAUCUCCGUUCCCGACUUUAAAGCUCCGUUGCUGCGUGGGGAGCGCGGAGGACAAUUUUGUACGAUAUUAUGCGAGGCCCCGCACUCGGUAAGCUCGGUGUAUGAAUUGAGGUGUCGACUGCGAGAGUCUCCGUUCUCGCCGUCUACCUUGUGUGUGUGUGUGUGUGUGUAUGUGUGCGUGCGAUUGUAUAUGUGUGUGCGAGAGUGUCAUCCAACUCCUGGGGAUUCUCGAGGAGGUCGACGUCCGCGCGAUGCUCAAGUCUAUCUUUUCGUAUCCAGGUCGAGCCGGGUCGUAAACGAAGCUCUGGGAGUCUCUCCCUCUAGUCGCUCUAGAUCUGGGGUGGAGGAGGAGGAUGUUUACAUUUUUAUACCUGUACAAUCGUAUGACCGACUGGGAUGCCGCAGAAUACUCUCUGCUACUGUUUGCGUUAAUCGUCGAACUUUUUGUUGUUUUGUCAGUUUAUAAGGAAGCCUCCGAGAUAAACGCCAGGCAACAGAGUCAGUGAUCGUCAUGGAUCCCGCGACGGUGAUCGCCCUCUGCAAGGAGAACAUUCAGCCACUGAGGUACGGCAGGAAUGCUACGCAGCUGGGAACCGCGUUGAGGGCCCAGGAGGACGCAGAGGCCCAGCAGCUGCUGCUGCAGGAGAAGCAAACGUAUGAGGAUGCGAUCAAGAACUAUGAGGGAGACGAUCCUCUGGAAAAUUGGUACGAGUAUAUCCUCUGGGUGGAGCAGAGUUAUCCGAAAAAUGGCCACGAAUCACAUAUUGGGAGACUUUUGCAGCAGUGUCUGGCAAUAUUUGAGAAGGAGACCAAGUAUUAUCAGGAUCGCAGAUACAUACGUUUGUGGAUUAAUUAUAUAAGUAUGCAGAAGAAUCCAUUAGAGUUAUACCAGUUACUGCAUAACAAUGGCAUCGGCACCAGAGUAGCUGACACGUACAGAGCCUGGGCUUUCGAACUAGAGCAGAUUGAGGAUGAUAAACGAGCGGACGAGGUUUACUUACUGGGACUCUCCGUUCGUGCAGAACCCUACGACGAACUUAGUCACGCUCAUCAAAAUUUCCAAUUUGCUGUAGCGCGCAAGACACUCGGUCGUAUCGAGGAGAGAAACGACGUCUCGCUGUUUGAGCAACGUCAGGCCUUCAGUUCGUUAAGAGCGAUAAGGGCUGGUAAAAGAGUCGGCAGUAUACGAACAGGUCAUCGUGUGCGCGAGUACUAUCCUGGCGUCGUGCCCCAGAUCCCGACUUCCGCCCAGAACGCGAAGCCCAAUUCCAAAAUACAAAUCUAUCAAGAUGACACACCUGCAGAGAUGAAGACUUUCAGCAUAUUGGAUCAUGUGCCUAUAGAGGAUUCGGUGCAUAAAGAGAAUACCAUCAAGCCUGGACCAUGGAAUAGUGGAAGCAAGAGAGGUCCCUUGAUAGCUCCUACUGUGAAAGCAGGUUUCAAAGUUCACGAAGAUCAGAACGAUGAUACCAACAUGGAGAAAAUUAGAUUAUUCCCAAAUCAUGUAACUUUCUGUGACGGUAGUAAAUGUCAUGACAGUUUAAGGGUGCCGGUAUAUGUAGCAGAUCCGAUAGAUCCAAAUAUUGUACAAAAAUCACAUUAUCCCAAAGAGCUAGUCUAUGCUGAUAACAUUGAUCGUAGUAUGGAGGAGAUUAAGGCACAACUUUAUUUCGAAAGGGCACAACUUUUGGAGACCAAUAAACAUGAGAUGUCGAUGGUUUGUUUACGCGAGACCAGCGGCGAGUCUCAGUCUCAGCUGAACAAUUACGAAAAUAUGUAUCAUUUACAAGAGAUCGAGCAGCAGAAGCUGAAUCAGCAGAGAAGAGAGGCCGAGAUCAGGCAGAGACUCCAGGCGGAGCAGCAGGAAUUGCAGAGGCAACGGUACGAAGUGGAGAACCAGGUUUUGGAGACGCAACGCCAAGAGGCCGAGCGAAGAGAGAUGGAGAGGCUGGAGGCGGAGAGACUCGAGGCGCAGAGAAUAGAAGCGGAGAGACUCGAGGCCCAGAGAAUAGAAGCGGAGAGACUCGAGGCGCAGAGAAUAGAAGCGGAGUUGAACACGCAGCGAAAGCUGCAAACGUCGAAUCAGUUCAUGCAUCAGCACCACACCUCGUCCCUGACUGCCGACACCGAGGAGCAUCUCCUCGGGCAGAGUCUCACCGUGAACACGAAGGAGGCCAUCUCGAUGGUGCAGGGCCUGUGGCAGCAAUCCCCGGACACGAGCUUGCGCUUUCGCAGCCACCCCGUGGCACCUAGAAUAGUGGACACGAGAAGUAAAUUGCCGUUCGACAUUCACAUGGACGGCUCGAUGACGCAGCACGCGAUGUCCAACAACAAACCUCACCAUCAGGGAUACAACAUGCAGGUUUAUAACGAUCAAGAGAACCAUCAUCAUAGCUUUCACGCGCAGCAUCAUAAUUACUCGGGUCAGGAGCAACAAACCGGAUACGCAAAUCAUAGUUUGCAAAACAGUUAUCAUUAUCAGAUGCAGCAACAUCAUGAUCACCAGGCGCAACAACAGUCCCAGCACCAUCCUCGACAACAUCAUCCUCAGCAUCAUCAGCAGCAGCAUCAUCAGCAGCAACAUCAUCAGCAACAGCAGCAACAUCAUCAGCAACAGCAGCAUCAUCAUCAGCAACAGCAACAACAUCAUCAGCAACAGCAGCAACAUCAUCAGCCACAUCAGCAGCAGCAUCAUCAGCCGCAGCAUCAUCAUCAGCAGCAGCAUCAGAUGAUUCCAUCGCAUCAGCAAAUGCACAGCGUACAUCAUCAGUCUCUCUCUCAUUCGCAGCACUUGCAGUCGCCUCACGGACAAAUGCCGCAUCAUCCACAGCCGCACAUCCAUCAUCACCAGUCUCCGCACAAUCAGCACAUCUUGCACUCUCAACAGCCGCAGCAGCAUAUGCAUCAACAUAUGCAGCAGCAUAUGCAACAUCCCGUUUACAGCAACAUGUUACCGCCCACUGAUAUUGGUUAUCAACAAUACUCGACGUCGAUGGAGGCUCCGACGAUGCUGCAGCAAAGUAUAGAGCCGCAGAAGCAGUUGCAUUUCUCGCCGUACAGCGAUCCGGAUAUCGAGACGAGCAAACCGUAUAGAAUGCCACCCGAGUUGCCGUACAUCAAGUCGCCCGGGAUGAAUCGCAAGGACAUCAAGUAUCUCGAGAGCGCGGAGAACAAGGAGAACGCCAUAGUUGUGGAUUAUAACGGUCCGCUCGAGGAAAAUAUGGUGCCCAAAUUGGACGAGAACAAUCUUUAUAUCGACGAAAGUCUAGGUAUAGCUCCCCUUUCGACCAUCAACGAGACUUGUUACACGGAGGCCUUCAACACGCACUUGACUAGUUCUACGCCGAUGACCAAUUUUAAGCCAGCCUACAGAAUGAAGGAUGAGCUGCAAUUUCCAAGUCAAAAUACCGUGUCCGAACCACCUGCAGAAGUUCCCCCUGUGGAAGGUGAUGACAAACUGAGUGUAAUAUUGGAGUCCACCCGGGAAUAUGUUUCAAGUAGUUCGAGUAGCACCAAUUAUACUAAAACUACCACUGGAUUGGCUUUUGGAUUAACGAGAGAAGAUAUGACUCCUAUCAAGGAACAAUCUGUGGACACACUUGUAGAGGAAGAAUCAAACGAAGCUCUCCUGUCCACGAAUCAGCCUUACGAGCAAAAGCUGCGCGCACAAAUUCAAGCUGUGCACGCUCAAAGUCCGCGUACGGUGCAACGAAACGUCGAUCAGAUAACGUCCGAGAUACAGAAUAAUUGCGAUUUGAGGAAGUCUAUAAAUUUACAAUUCAACAAUGAAGAAGAGAAGCCGGAGAAAGCCGACACCAUGGAUUGCGAGGAGCACGAACCUAUGGAAGAAAUGGAAGAGGAACUCUUCCAGCUCCCUUCGAGGGACAUAAAUCCAUUUGACAAGAACCUGAUAGCCGGCCUACUGAAGCAAAUUAAAUUUCCACAACCCCAACAUGCAGAGGGAUACUCAAGAAUAGAUAUCAAUCUAAAUAAUAAGCUCGUGCCUUCUACCAUGAUUACGCUUGGCACAGAAGCGUAUGAUUUGGAAAAGUGCCUUGGGAAAGGAAUGUACGGGACAGUCUUUAAAGCAGUCAAUUUGCAGACAGGCGAAACCGUCGCCCUUAAAACACAAAGACCCGCUUGGAUCUGGGAAUUUUAUAUCGUACGAGAGAUAAAAGCGCGUCUCACGAAUCCGCAUAUGCUACGUGGCUUCAUGGAUGUAACAAUGGCGUAUGUGGCCAACAAUGGAAGCGUACUAGUUUCAGAAUACUCCAAAUUUGGGACAUUAUUAUCGGUGACGAAUCAGAUAAAACUCGCCACUGGGAAGCCUCUGGUGGAAACCAUAGCUAUUUUUUUCACAAUCGAGAUGCUUCAAAUCGUGGAGUACUUACAUAAAUGCCAAAUAAUACAUGGGGACAUAAAGCCAGAUAAUUUUUUAUUAAUGCGACCACUGACGCAAGAUGUGAGGCCAACAAUACAGUUGAUAGAUUUCGGAUGCAGUAUAGAUAUGAAACUGUUGCCGGAAAAUACAACAUUCACGCAUGUGAUAAAAACAGAAGACUUUACCUGUAUCGAGAUGCAAACCGGAAGACCGUGGACAUAUCAGACUGAUUUAUAUUGUCUAGCGGCGACCAGUCAUUGCUUACUAUUUGGCAAUUACAUGAAAGUAUCUAACGUAGGCGGUCGUUGGUUUAUUGCCUCCAAAUUACCAAGGUAUGCUAAAAAGGCUGUUUGGGAACCAUUUUUCACGGAGUUAUUAAAUAUCGAAUCUUGCGAGAAAAUGCCCGAUCUGGCAAAAUUGAGAAAUAACAUGGAGGAAACUCUGGCGCGCGGAAUGUCGGAAGCGCAGACGAAAUUUCGAACCUUCGUCAACAUCCUCAACAAACGAUAACGCUUGCUAUAUCUGAUGAUUUGUACCAAUGUGUGCAUAUAUUUAGCGAAGAACCAUAAUGUAAUAAGAGACAUUAAUGUUAUUGUGCUAUUUAUUAUAAAAAGAAGUUAAUACUGCAGUGAUAAAAAAUAUAUAUGUAUCUACACAGUUAUAAUUAUACACGAAAUGCACCUUACGGCCUGCUUCGUGGAGGCUUUACCGAUAUUCGUGUUGCUUGCACAUAAUCAAGAACGUUAUUAAGGACCACUGUUGCGAGGAAAGUUUGACCCUUCACAAAUGUUUCGGAAACUUACGAGGUAUGCGAGGAUUUAUAUGAGGAAAAGAUUUUUUGGACAAAUGUAUCUUGUUAUUUCUAACAUAAUACAGGGUGUCCCAUAGGAAAUUGCUAAGACUAAUUAGCUGUUAUUUUUU